AUGAAUAUUGUACCAGAUAACACAUUCAAAUCCAGUGUAUCUACUGAUAAGGCUGGUGAGCACAAGUCCAAUGCCGUCCAAAGUUUACCAGAUGUUUUCAGGGAACAAGUAGGUGCUCGCCCCAUGAAUACACAACUUAAUGACAGACAUCCUCUAGAAUCGCGCAUUAGCAACUGGGAAGAAACCCAACACAAGAGACAACUGGAGCAGUACAGACAGAUUUUUGGGAUUGCUGAGCCUAUGAAGAGAGUCAUGGAACUAAAACUUGUAGAAAACACCGAUUUCAACCCAUUGAACCACUCCGAACUACACAGGGAUAUUCUAAUGAACAAAGAGACUUCUAUAGACUGGGAAGAUGUGUAUCCUGCUGCGGAUUUCACCAGCGGAAUGAUGGUGGGUGAUGAUUUACACACUAAAAUUGAAAGAAAAAUGGGCAUAUAA